GUUUGAGUGGUAGGAAAUGGAGAAAGAAUCACCCACGUCCCUCUCAAUUGCCGUCAAUUCGCACCCAACUGCAACUCCUCUGAAGAAGAAUAGCUCCUCCAUAGCUGGCUUCUUGAGUAAAAGUGGGUACAAAUUCUGGGUUUUGACUGCAAUUCUCUUACUUGCGUUUUGGUCCAUGUUUACUGGCUCCGUUUCUCUCAAAUGGUCUUCUGGCAAUCUGAUUACAUUCCCUCAUGGCUCCGAUUUCUCUCUUCAUCAAGAUCUCGACGUCCUCGAAUUGGAGGAAAGAGAGAAAGUGGUGAGGAAGAUGUGGGAUGUUUAUACGCAUAGCACAAGGGUUCGUUUGCCCAGGUUUUGGCUUGAAGCUUUUGAGGCUGCUUACGAGAGUUUAUCAAGUGAUGCUGCUGGAGUUCGAGAUACUGCCAUCUCUGAGAUUGCUAAAUUAUCAUUGCGAUCCAUAAAUCUUGGUUCCCCCUCCGCUCAAUCAAAGAGUAGUAGCACUGAAGGGAGAAAAAUGAGUUCCAAAGAAGAUGCUAAAAGGAAUGGGAAUCUGGAGUCCUAAUUUGGGGAUGCGAUCUCCAUCUCUCAAGCUGCUUCAACUUGUGAGCAAUUCCCAAUGGCCAGAAACGAUUUGUAUCCCUACAAAUUUUCUAUUAUUAUCUGAAAU